AGGUCAGGGGUCACAGUAAGAUGGCGGCUGUGCGCGUGGUGCGCAGUGGCGGAGGCCGCAUCAGCUCUCGGCGGCCCGUCUUCAGCACCGACUCCAGGUAUUUGCUAUGUGCAUCAGGGGACCAAGUGAAGGUGUAUAGCACAGCUACAGAAGAAUGUGUGCACGUCCUACAUGGUCAUAACGAUCUUGUCACUGGCAUUCAUCUCAAUCCCAAAAACAAUUUGCAGCUAUAUUCCAGCUCAUUGGAUGGCACUAUUAAACUCUGGGACUUCACAGAUGGAAUCUUGAUGAAGACAUUCGUAGUGGGUUCGAAGCUGCUUGCACUGUACACCUCUGCUAGUAAAGGAGCGUCCAUCUUUGCGAUCGUUCCAAAAGAUAGUGAUGAAUCCUCAGGUAAUUUCCAAUUGGUAUCGGUCGAUCUGCCCAAAUCGUCUGCACAAGAAGUUGAAGCACAAAUCUUGAGUGUCAUUUUCAAAGAUGUCCAUCAGUCACCAACAUCAAUAGCUUUCGGCAGAGAGGGUGAAUAUGUUGCUUCAGUGAAAGCUUUGGAACUCCGUGUGUAUUUCUUCAAAAAUAAAAAAUAUUACAGGUUUCCCCUGAGUAUCAAAAGUCGUAAUGGAGCAAAUAAUGUAUUUAAGUGUGUAACUUGUCAUCCACGAGAGGACUGCAUAGCAACAGGGCACAAAGACGGCAAAGUGCGACUUUGGCGGAAUUUUGAUCACGAAAGGGAGUACACCUACUCUGCUCACCAUUGGCAUCACGAUGCAGUCAAUGACCUGAUCUUCUCAGCAGAAGGUACGUACCUGUUAACUGGUGGGAUGGAGUCUGUGCUGGUUCAGUGGCUUUAUGGAGUUGAAACAAAGAAGGACUUCCUACCUCGUCUUGGGUCAGCCAUUGAACAUAUCGCAGUUUCACCUGAUGGUCUCUUGUGUUCUACAUCUCACAGUGAUAACAAAAUCAUGACUAUCCAAAGCAGCAUGAACGUUUCUGCUAUAAUUCAGGGUUUAGUCAAAGGACAAAACGUUAAGACUGGUUUAAUGAUUGACCCACGAAGCAAAGCUCUGGUUCUGAAUGGAAAACCAGGACAGUUGCAGUUUUAUUCACUUCAGAACGAUCAGCAGUUAUAUAAUCUAGACAUAGUGCAACAGGAGUACAUUCAUCAGUCAGGUCUGAACCAGGCUGAGCUGGUCAAGGCAGCCUUUGAUUUUGAGGGUAAAUGGUUAGUUACUGUAGAAGAAAGGAAGGACAAAGCAACCGAACUUGAGCUGCAAAUGAAGUUUUGGGUCUAUGACGAGGAGAAACAAAGCUUUGUUCUCAAUACCACAAUAACUACACCACAUGACGACCAUAUUGCAGCUCUCUGCUUCCAGAGUUCGUCUAUUUGCAGAAAUGGGCCACCAACAUUGGUGACAGCUGGAUUGGACAACAGGUUUAAAGUCUGGGUUUUAGUGGACAAUUCUGAUAUAUACAGACAGAGUGUAUGCUGGAGCUGUGAUUUUGUUGGCACCUACCACCACCUCCAGGCCACAAAGUGCAGUUUCUCUGAGGAUGGUUCACUGCUUGCUGUCUGCUUUGAACAAAUUAUUACUCUGUGGGACCCUGAAACUUGGGAUCUCAAGUGCACCUUUUGCCAUCCCCCUAGUAAAAUACGAGACCUUGCCUUUGGAAGACUAAGCUGUGCCAAGUACCUCCUCGCUACAACAGACAAUGGGUUUCUCUGCUGCUGGAACCUUUUAAGUUGUAUGCUGGAAUGGAGUGCACAGCUGAAUAUAAUGGUGUUGCAAGUGGAUCCACUCUCUGAGAAUGUUGCUGCCUUUUCUGGACUCUCUAACAAUGUUGAUUUGUUUAUUUUCAAGCCAAAUGAGCCAAGACCAUUGUACAUGCAGAAGAAUGUGUGUUAUAGCAAGGUCCAGUGGGCUCUCUUUGUUCCCAGAGACUUGCCUGAGGAGUACAACACUGAGAGCAAGCAAUGGCUUUGCAAAUCUCAGCUCUAUUUCAUCACAAAAUCACAGGACCUCAUGACGUUUAGUACAAAAUUACCAGAAGAAAAAUUGACAUCAUCCAGCAAGCAGCUGGUGAUAGACGAAUAUAUUCCUAUGACUCCGUUCCACAUGAUUGUGGGAAAACAAAGGCAGUCGCAAGGAAUUGGAUCAGAAGCAGAGAAAAUUGCUUUGCCCGAAGGAUCUGUCACAAUAAAAGAGAUGCUUCACACUCCAGCUCACGUUCUACCAAAUGCUACUUACCUUUGUUCGAUGUUUAUGAAUUCGUUGCUGAUAUCCAAGGCAGGAAAAAGCUCAGAGGAAGAGAAGGAAGACGUGGAAAUGGAGAGCAAGGAAGAGGAAGAUGAUUCUGACAUCGAGAUACAUCCCAACGAAACUCAAGCAGAAACAAGGACAGCAUCCUCUUCGGAUGAACUGCUCCCUAAAUUGUCCAAAUCAGAGGAGAAAGAACUGAAGAAAAUUCGGAAGAUUGAUUUCAAUUGGGUCUUCACUCUGUAGGCUGCAAAGUUGCGAGAUUAAGAGAAUUUUUUUUUACUAGCUAUACCGACCCGUUGCAGCUACGCUUGCAAGCAAAUAUGGAAUGUAGAUUUGUGUAGUUAUGUCUGAGGUUCGGAAAAACUGGCAGUCUUGGAUUUCUAUAUAAAUAGUUUCAGAAUAUAGUAUCUGUGUUUUAAAUAGCUUGGGUGUGCUCAACUCUACUGUUUUCAACAUUGGUAUAUAGUUUGCAACAUGAAAUCUAUAUUUAGCUGGAAGUACAGAGUAAAAGAAUAAAUCUAAUGGAAAGAUGGGAAUUGUUGGAAUAAACCAGCAAGAUAUAAAAUAUUAGAAAUAUUAACUCUUGAAAAAUUGCUCCAAAUGUUUGUUUGUUACUCCACACAAUCUCAAAAUGAUGUGUUUUUGUACAAUACAUCUUUUUACUUGUCAUUGACUCACAAAUAGUAAAGGAAUAUCAAUAAUAACUUAUAACAGUACAUUACCAUUUGAAAAUGGAGAAAAAUCUAUAGACGGCUUUGCCUUGUUCAAUCUUUUUAAAGUUUGUGUCGAUGAUAAAUUAAAGCUUUUGUAUAUAACUAU